ACUGCCCUUUACUCUCGAUGGACCUGCUUUCCCGCCAGAAUCAGAAAGUGCCGCCUUCUGAAUGCAAAUUCAAAAAUCCAAAUCUCUGCUACCACUUUCCCUUUGCAUUCCCCGUAGCACCUCUGUUGAAAACAAAAAAUGGGGAAAAAUGUAGGGCAGGCUGCCCCGUUAAAGCCGAAAAUGGAACAGAAACAGAAACAGAGUCCGGUUGGGACUUUCAAGAUUGGAGGAAUCAGUGUGGAAUUCCCGUACAAGCCAUACGGCUCUCAGUUGGCUUACAUGGGCAAAGUAGUUGCUACUCUAGAGCGCGCACAGAGGCAGGGCCAUUGUCACGCUCUCCUCGAGUCGCCAACUGGAACUGGCAAAUCCCUCGCAUUGCUCUGUGCAACGCUUGCGUGGCAGCAGCAACACAGCUCCAAGAUCGCCAAUCUCCAAGCUCAGCCUCCACCAUCUCAAUCUCUUCCAGCUCAGCCCCCGCGUCCGCCCCCGCCUCCACCUACUCCAUCCCAGGCUGAGAAUGCACUUGUCAUGGGCGGUGGAUUCAUACCAGAACAAACUCAGUCAGGGGUCGCAGCAGCAGCAGGGGAAUCACAACAGGCUGCUUCUGGGGUUGACAAUGGAGCAGAGAGAAAGCCAAAAGUCCCAACUAUCUUUUAUGCAUCGAGGACUCAUUCACAGAUCACUCAAGUUAUACGUGAGUAUCGCAAAACAGCAUAUCGAGUGCCAAUGGCAGUGUUAGCAUCACGAAAGCAUUAUUGUACCAACAAACGUGUAUGUUCAAAGAAGAAUGUUGAUGAAGAAUGCAAACUUUUACUAAGGGACACUGAACAAUCUUGUCAGCAAUUUAAGUAUGCAUACAAAGUCAAGUAUCACGAAUCUCUUAAGAAAGGAGGCUGUAAUGAAGUUCAUGACAUUGAGGACCUUGUAAAAGUCGGGCAUAUGGUGAAAGGCUGUUCAUAUUUUGCAGCUCGAGAUAUGGCUUUGUCAGCUCGACUUGUUUUUUGUCCUUACAGUUACAUCUUAAAUCCCAUUAUUCGUAGAGCCAUGGAAGUGGAUGUGAAGGGAGAUAUUGUUAUUCUAGACGAAGCUCAUAACAUAGAAGACAUGUGCCGUGAAGCAGGGAGUCUGGAUGUGGAAGAAAAUGUUUUGGAUGCUCUGCAGUCAGAACUUGGCCAGUUGAGUUUGAUAGAAGGUGUUGUAAACAUUUAUCAGCCUUUGCUUGAUAUGGUCCAGGGACUUCUACAUUGGAUUCGACAAAAAUCGAAUAACUUGGUGAAACGUGAAUUUGAGCGCUACUGCUCAUGCUGGACUGGUGAUAAAGCCUUAAGGGAACUUCAGGCAGCUGGCAUUUCACAAGACCAUUUUCCAAUUUUAGAACAGUGCGCCACUCAGGCAAUCAAAGCUGCUUCAGAUCCAGAGAAAGAUGGAGUUCAUUUGAGUGGGCUCUCAGCAUCGACACUUGAGGGUCUCUUCUCUUCACUUUCUUAUUUCUUCUCUCAAAAUGGCCGAAGUGCAUUUGAUUAUCAACUCUGCCUUCAGAAAUAUGUCAAACGAGAUGAUGGUAUGUCUGUAAAAGGCUGGACACAUUCUUUCAAUCUAUGGUGUUUAAAUCCUGCAGUUGUCUUCAAAGAAAUAGCUAAGGCUUCCUUGUCAGUUAUUCUUACAUCUGGGACUCUUUCACCUUUGAAUUCAUUUGCUUCUGAACUUGGAGUUCCAUUUGAAAUCUGCAUGGAAGCUCCUCAUGUCAUCAACAUGGAUUCUCAGGUUUGGGCUGCCAGUGUAGCUGCAGGCCCGCAAUGUGUGCCUUUAAAUGCCAGCUAUAAAACAGCAGAUGGCUAUGAAUUUCAGGAUGCACUUGGAGCUGUACUGGAGGAGAUAUGCAAGAUUGUUCCAGAUGGCACUCUAAUUUUCUUCCCUAGCUACAAGUUGAUGGACAAACUUUGCAACCGGUGGAAGGCAACUGGCCAAUGGAUUCGCCUGAAUUCGCAAAAGACAAUUUUUGUUGAACCUAGAGGAAAUCAGGACGAUUUUGAGCCAGUGCUCAGUGGUUACUAUCGUGCAAUUUGUGGAGAAAAGAAAGGAAUAGUUCGUAAGGUGAAGAAUGCUCAUAAACAAGUGCCUAAAUAUGGUAACUCUAAAGAUGAAUGCCAUCAUAGGUCGAAUGGAGGUGCUGCAUUUCUGGCAGUUUGUCGAGGAAAGGUAUCUGAGGGAAUUGACUUUGCAGAUGAGAAUGCAAGAGCUGUUGUUGUGGUUGGCAUUCCAUUCCCAAACAAGAAAGAUAUUCAAGUUGAAUUGAAAAAGCAAUACAAUGAUACAUACAAAUCUUCAAAGAAUCUUCUUAGCGGAGAUCAGUGGUACUGUCAGCAAGCAUUUAGAACACUAAAUCAGGCCGUGGGCCGUUGCAUUCGGCAUCGACUUGACUUUGGUGCCAUCAUUCUGUUGGAUGAGCGUUUCAAAAGAGCUAGAAACUUAGAGUACAUGUCGAAGUGGUUGCGAAGCUCUAUUAGGCAGUUUGACAACUUUGGUGAAUCUCUUGAGGGGUUACGUGACUUUUUUAGUAGAUAUCAGGACCAAAAACCAGAAAUACUCACUGGUCACAACUUAAUAACAAAAUGUUUACUUAUGGACGAUUCUGAUCUUCUCAUUUGUAAAGAAAAUUCCUCUGUUCCAAAUGUUAAAGCCAGUGCUAAAGAGGUUACUGAAAAUGUAACACACAAAAUAGAAGAUUUCUUUUCUUCCAGACGAUCUAAAAAGGACAACAGCAUUACACAGAAAGUCAAAAGUGCUAGGGAUUCAAUAGAAAAGAUUGAUUAUCCAGGUGAUGCCAAUACGAGGAAGAAUGAAUACAGCAUUACUAAACCAGCAAUUCAGGUUGAGGAUGAUUUUUCUGAUGGUGAAGACCAUUUUGACUCAAACCAAAUCAUUCAGAAACACUCCAAAUACUUUAAACAAUCUUCUUUGCAAGAGACCAUUGGUAUUGAGUCUUCUUUGCAGGAGACCAUUGAUAUCGAGUCUACUUUAAAAAUAGAGGACCCGUCUACAAAAAUUAAUUUGUCUAGUACCCAUUUUUCAUCUUUGAAUGAGGCUGAAUCUGUGCAAGUGUGCCAAGUUGAGACAGCAAGACAAGCAGUAGCUGCAAAUGGUUCAAGUCAAGUUUCCCUUGCUUCACCAUGCUUGGUAAAUGGUUCUACAUCUCUUGUUUAUGGAGAGAGGUUUAAUGCUUCAAACUUAACACCAAGCAGAGGUUCAGAAGGUGAGUUUGUCUCCAAUCAUUAUACAUCAACUUCCGUAGGUAUGAGUGGAAGCAAUAGUUGUAGAAAAAAGAGGAGCCCAAUCAGGUGUCAAUUGGACUGUGAGAGAAAAACACUACUUUUUGGCCAACUAACAGAAUCAAAUAAUUUGCACCAACAAGAUCAAGUAGAGUGCAGCAUGUCACCACAAAAUAAGGUUAUUUCAUGUCAGAAGAUCGGAAACUUGUGCUCGGGAGGGAAUGCAUUGUCACCUUUAGACAGUCAAUGUGAAUCUACUUUCUUCUCUAGCUCUACUGCUCGUUCAACUGUGGUUGAGAGUUUGGACUGUGGUGAUAAUGGGGGUGGAGUUAUGGUACAAACUGAAAGCAUUCAGUCAUCAGAUUUGCGAACAACAAAGCCAGUGCCGGAUUCAUCGCUUUGUUCUUCACCAGAACACAAAUAUAAACUUACAGCAGUAGCAAGCAAAGAUAUAGCUGAAAAGACCUAUUCAAUAUCGUGUAAAUUUUGUGGUAAAUUCUUUGGCUUGCCUGAAAAGCAUUUUCGUGUUCGGUGUACCGUAGCUUCCUUGUCAAAAUCUUAUGUUAGUGGUUUAGCAAACGGACAGCAAGACCGUCAAUCUAAUGUAGACACUUUUCAAGACAGACCAGCUGUGACCCCGGUUAUAAUUUCGGACAUUGCAUGUUUGAAUCCACUUUUCACAAGAUCUGGCUCGAAGCAAUGCUCUUUGACUAGUCGCUCUGCAGAUGAUAAACGGGAAAGUGUAUGGGUAGAGCAGGACGGUUGUGUGUUCAGGGCUCUAUUUUGUCCUCGGUGUGAAGCUUCUAAAAUUUCAGUGGGCGUUCAUGUGGUGGCAACAGAUGUGUCUAAUAUGUCCUUGCUGGGCAAGGUUAUUUUUCUGAGAGACCAUGUAAAACUAAUUGAUGCUGAACCUUCAGUAUCAAGAGAGGUUCACGAGCAUCAAAAUAAUAUCAAUGUCAGUAACGCUGUGGAUGUUUCUUCAAUCGAGGACUAUUCUUAUAAUUCUAAUCCGAAGAGAGCAAGGUACUUUUCCACAGCCAGAACAAAGUUGAAGCUUCCGAAGAAAGAUUAGAGUUCGAAGAGAACAGACACUUAGAUGUAGAAGCAAAUGCCCUUGCAUAUCAUGUGCUAAUUUGCCGGUAAACUUCCUGGUUCGUGAAUGUGAAAGAGUUUUCAAGGAGGCACAACUGCAAAUAAAUGUAAAUUUAUCUGGAUGUUAUGGCGAAUAAUAGUUGAGAAUACCAGCUUCUCUACCCUGCCAUACACGCAGUUAUCAUAUUUGUAUAAUAUCAUUCAAUUAUUUCUUAUCGAAUAAUUUGGAGGUUGUUGCAGUUAAUUUUUA